CAGUGAACAACUCAGAUGUGAGUGAGACUUGCCAAUAGUCUCACGCUUCGAUGAAUGAUGGCAACCUUAACAAAAGCCAAGAUCAACCCACUUCACUUCCCUCGCCCACCCUCAUGCGAGCUCACGCCACGCCAUCUCCAGGUCAAAUGGAACGGGCAGCUCAUUGCGGAUACAAAGGAGGCUUACUGGGUUCUUGAAACGCACCAUCCACCAACAUAUUACCUUCCGCCUUCGUCUCUCAAAGUUCCACUAACGGUAAACCCGCGGCAGUCGUAUUGUGAGUGGAAAGGCAAAGCUACGUACUAUGAUAUUGUCAAUCCGAGUAAUUCCUCGGAGGUCGUGAAGAGUAGGAUUUGGAGCUAUGAUGAUCCGACAAAAGGCUUUGCACCCAUCAAGAAUUUCUUAAGCUUCUAUGCGGGGCCGUGGGAUUGUUAUGUUGACGGUGAGAGAGUGGAGCCGCAGCCAGGUGACUUUUAUGGUGGGUGGAUGACAAGCGAUAUCGAACGUAGCACCGUGAAGGGUGGUCCAGGUACUUGGGGUUGGUAGUCGGAAAACCUUUUACGGUUUCUACAAUAUGCUCGGUCCUUCGGAGACUGUUAGAGGGCGGAACUUAGGCUGUCGAGUCGGAAUAGCAUGUGAAACUGGUCUAUACCCUCUCGAGAACGGGAUGGGUUUCACUGCUUCGUUCGAUCAUGAUCUUCAUCCUGUCAUUAUGGAGCACAAACUUGCAGGCUAAUACAUUGAUAACAUGUACGUGCAGCAGCUCAGCUACUAUAUAAUGAGCUAUAUUUAUUCUUGCUGCCUGUCACUUUCAAUAGCCCGGUAAAGACACGUUAUUCUAGAUUGAUCUACCGUUAUCACGUCGAGAGCAUAAAACAUUUACUGGCUUUCCGUACUGACAAGAAUAAGGAGUCUGUUUUAACGGAAGCCUACUCGUCUAUCUCCUCGUCCUCACACCC